AUGGAUGAAUAUACCGCUGAACUGUUCUCGGACCAGGACGACGGCAGCGGCGCUGGUGUCACCAAUGACGACAGGCACGAUGGCAGCAGGCUUCCCUCAAACUCUGCAAAGGAAGAAGUGCAGCAGUCCUCUGUCAAGAUGGAUAGCAGAAAGGAAGACACAAAUUCCACCGCUGGCCCUUCGUUGCAGGACCGGCUGCUUGCCAGGCAUCAGCUGGUUCCGUCUGAUAUCGACAGCGAUGAUGAGGACGCCACUGAGGCAGCAGCGUCGAUAGAGCGGCCACCUUUUAGCCUCCCUACCAUGACAAACAACUUCCGACGCUUUAAUGCAAGAAUCGGAAUUGCCUUUAAAUUCCAGUAUAGAGUCAUUAAGCUUCUAUCCUGGAGGCGCAGAACUCAAACCUGGUCUCUUAUAUGUGUCUAUUCAUUUCUCUGUCUGGACCCAUACCUAUUGGCGGUGCUUCCAUUUGUUAUUAUUCUUCUUUCUUUCAUGAUUCCUGCCUUCUUGACGCGGCACCCUCCACCGCCCCCGUCGGCUUCAACCUCCAGUACAACCCCGUACUACUCGUACGAAGGCCCGGCACUUGCCCCAGCUACAACUAUAAAGCCCGCCCCUGAGACAUCUAAAGACUUCUUCCAUAACAUGCGAGAUUUGCAAAACUCAAUGGCGGAUUUUGCCGUCCUCCAUGAUGCAGCCGUAUCACUCAUUGCUCCGGCCACAAACUUUUCCAACGAAACCUUGUCUUCGUCCCUCUUCAUUGCAUUCACCGGAUGUGCAGGUGCCGUCUUCCUCACAUCACAUCUCCUCCCCUGGCGUUUCAUCAUGCUCUUCCUAGGGGACGCUUUGAUUUUGUCUAAACAUCCUACCGCUAAGCCCUUUUUUGAGAUGGUGAAGGAGGUAUUUGAAUCUCAUAGCGCAUCUCAGUCCAAAGAGAAGGAAGGACCGAAAUCCUCGCUCAACCUUUAUGGGUACUCCAUCCCUCUGACUGCGGUUGGCUUGAUGGAUCUUUUGGACUCAAUUACUGCCAUAUCACUUUCCGCAGAACCAGAAGAGCGCGAGGUCGAGAUCUUUGAACUGCAGCAUAAAACAUACUCCUUAUACUCAGCAUCGCCUGAAUGGGAGCCAUUCCUAUUUACAUCCACUCCAUAUGACCCGCUCUGCCCAUCUCGUAUAUCUGGAGAUAGACCAAGAGGCUCUAGAUUUUUUGAAGACGUGCGACCCCCACCUGGAUGGGUCUGGAAAAGCAAGAAAUGGGAAUUGGACCUUGAAUGCAGAGAAUGGGUUAUGGAACGUAUGGUGACGGGAGUCGAGUUUGAAAUCCCCGAUAGCCACGAUGGAAUCAUGGGUGAAGAGGUUGGAGGCUGGGUAUGGGAUCUGCCAUUUAGCCCGCCUGAGGAGGACCCUGAUGUCACUGAUAGCCUGACAUACACGGACUCGUGGGAGAGCCCAAGGAGUAAGGCGCAACAGUCACCACAAACGAAUAAACGCCCGAGCCAUGUAGACAAGCCUGAGUGGGAAGAGGCUACUAGACGAGUUGACAGGGCUGGUGACUGGAGAAGAAGGCGGUGGGUUAGGGUCGUGCGAAGAAUGACUGUUGAUGAGAAGACGUCGAGGGCGACUUCGCUAUCCGCCUAA